CAUUACAGACCAAAAUUUUCAGUCAGCCAGAAAAAAUAUCCAUUGAAGGAGAAACAGUGGUGAAGAGGAACACGAAGUAGCCGGCCGAUUAUUUUCAGGGCCACAAAUUCCCAGCGGCCUCAACCUCAAAUGGCGCUAAAAAAUCCCAACCAUUUCUUCGGAUUUGAGCCCAAAAGGGAUACAUAUGGGUUUACUGUGAGGCCUCAACACCUUCAGAGAUACAGAGAGUAUGCCAAUAUCUAUAAGGAAGAGGAAGCAGAAAGGUCACAUAAGUGGAAUAGUUUUCUUAACAGCCAAGAAUUAUCUGUCCAACAACAUCAUAGCCGAGAGGUCUGCAAGGCAGAGGAUUCUGAAACAAGAAAUUAUAUAAUUGCCUGCCAUGAUGUGGUCAGAGAGACUGGUGAUUCAUAUAGAGAGAAGCCACUUCCUGACAUUCAUACAAAAAACCUUCUCGAGAAAGAGGCGUCAAAUGUCAUACAAUCAAAACCCAGGGAGGUGAAGACAUGGGCUGACAUUAGAUCAUCUCUAUCUGCUAUUGAAACUAUGAUGGCAUCUCGUGUGAAGAACAAAAACUAUGUGAAAGAUGAGAAGUUAGCAUCUUCUCAUGAUCAACUUCUUCCAAUUGGGGAGUCAAAACCUCUGAGGGAAGAAACUGAGGACAACGAUGAUGAAAGCAACAGUGUGAUAUUGGAUGACAGUUCAAGGACAGCUGCUGAAGGAUGUACUGCAGGUGAUAGAGGUCAUGUAGAACCUUCUGUGCCUUGGAAGGAUGAACUUGAGCAACUUGUUCAUGGAGGAGUACCAAGAGAUCUCCGGGGAGAGGUUUGGCAAGCCUUUGUGGGUGUCAAGGCACGCCGGGUUGAGAGAUAUUACCAGGACUUGACCAUCUCUGAAAAUGAUGUUGGUCCUUGCCCGAAGAAUGACACACCAUUGAUAGACAACAAUAGCAAGGGAUCCAAUAGAGGGAUAGCCGAUGUGUCAGAAAAAUGGUGGAAGCAGAUUGAGAAGGAUCUGCCUCGGACUUUUCCCGGACAUCCUGCAUUGAAUGAGAAUGGACGAAAUUCCCUAAGGCGCUUACUUCUGGCGUAUGCCCGACACAACCCAUUAGUUGGGUAUUGCCAGGCAAUGAAUUUUUUUGCCGGUUUGUUGCUACUCAUGAUGCCAGAGGAAAAUGCCUUUUGGGCCUUGGUGGGCAUUAUGGAUGACUAUUUUGGUGGAUGUUUCUCACAAGAAAUGAUCGAGUCUCAGGUUGACCAACUUGUUUAUGAAGAGUUGAUGCGUCAAAGGUUUCCUAAACUGGUGAAUCAUCUAGAUUACUUGGGAGUGCAGGUUACAUGGAUAUCUGCACCUUGGUUUCUUUCAAUUUUUGUAAAUAUGCUUCCAUGGGAAAGUGUUCUACGAGUUUGGGAUGUACUUUUGUUUGAAGGGAGUCGUGUCAUGCUAUUUCGAACUGCACUUGCCUUGAUGGAGUUAUAUGGUCCUGCUAUAGUGACAACCAAUGAUGCUGGAGAUGCCAUCACUUUAUUACAAUCCCUAGCUGGUUCCACUUUUGAUAGCAGUCAACUUGUGUUGACUGCAUGUAUGGGGUUUUCAAAUGUAACUGAAGAUAGAUUGCAAGAACUAAGAAAGAAGCAUAGACCAUCUGUAAUUUCAACAUUAGAGGAAAGAUCAAAAGGUGGUCAAGUUCUAAAAGAUCCAAAAAGUCUUGUGACUAAGCUCUGUAGUUUCAAGCAUGAUUCUCAAUUGAGAAUGAAACAAGUAAAAACAGAGGAAGGUUCAGGUGAUAGGAUUGUAGACAGUGAUGAAUCACAUUCUAGGACUAGCUCUACAUAUCUGGAAGAUUUUCUGAACAGUGUGCCCACAGAUCUUGAAGCAGAUUCUGUUCCAGAUCUUCAAGAACAGGUGACUUGUAUGGUUAUCUUAGCAUGUUGUAGUUUCCUAAGUUAGUUGGACACAUCUGGCAUAAACAAAGCACUAUUUUGAAACACUAACAGCAUUUGGUUUGUUGAAUUGGUGAAUCUCUCUGUUUUCUCUGCAUGCUCCUGUGCAGGUGGUAUGGCUGAAGGUUGAGCUAUGUAACUUACUGGAAGAGAAGAGAGCAGCUGUACUCCGGUUAGCUUUUAACUCUGUUGUUCGACGUUCUCUGUUAUUUUAUUUGUAGGUGCUUCUAUUCCAUACAACAACAUGAACAACAACCUACCUACCUUACCUACCAAGUAAAAUAUCACAAGUGGG